UUCAUCGAGACAAAGUGAGGAAAAUGGAAAAAAAAACUUUUCCAUCCCAUUAGAGUACAUUCUCGAAUGAAGCCCUUGUCAAGGCGACGAUCGGCUAGUUCACUGCGUUGGCAGUGCGAAAGAGUGCCACCGGGUGAGACUGGCGAGGAAGCGAGGAAUAGUUUUCCAUAAUUAAGUCUGUCCGGCUCAAUGAGUAGUCUUCAUUAUCGGAAAGUUGCGUUUCAAGCAGUAAAUUAGCAAUGAUUCACCACCAGCCAACGAAAUACCAUACGAAUCCUUUGACACAUUUUCUCAACUUACACAACUCGCAUGCCACAGCGGCAGCAGCAGCCGCAGCUGCAGCUGCUGCUCUGGAUCAGCACCAGCAACAGUUCCACCACCACCACCACCACGCGCAUCAAAAGCUUGGCGAGGAUUUAAAUCUGCUCAACAACAAUAACGCGGUAGGUGGGGACGACGAUUGUGAUAAACACCCGGAUCUGGUGGGUGGGAAUAGUUUGGAUAUCGAGAACAACGAUACGAACCAGACGAGCGAUGCAGAGAAUAACAACAUAGAUGUAAUCGAUGACGAAGACGAUGUGUGCGAGGAAGAUGUGCUGGAGAUGGUGCGAAAUGACAAUCAAACCCCCGGAACGACCCCACUGGAUGCCGACGGCAUUGGGAAAUCUUUCACUAUAGCAGCCAUUUUAGGCCUGAAAAAGAAACACGACGCCGAAUGUCAUAACUUCAGUGAUGCUAUGAAUCUUUCGCUGAACAAUCACGCUGACAGUGGGUCUGCCUUUCAGCAGCGAGUAAACCGAGAAUCAGACUUGACCUCAACAUUAGAGAACAACCAAAAUCAAGUCAAUCAUCACAUAUCACAAUCACCGCAAAGCAAUGUUAAUAGCAGCUUAGCAGCACUACAAACACUGCACCAUAUCCACGGUACUGCCAGCGGCUUUACACCACAUCAAUUCCAUCAGCAUCUUCCACCCGGUGGUAACGGUGGCGGUAACAGCGGUGCCAACAAUGGUGGAUCAUUGCAGCAUGCCCUUCAGCACCACACGCCCCAUCAUCCGCACCAUCUUCAUGCGCACCAGGCACUACCGGGACAUCCUGGGGCACAUCUUGGAGGCCAUCAGCAGACACCACAGCAGCCGCAUCUGCCCAACAACCAUCACCACCCGCACCACCACCAUCAUCAUCAUCACCAUUUGGCGAUGGCGGCACAUCACCAUGCGCAGAAUCAUAAUCGGGAUAAGUUUAAGGAUCUUGCAAAGAAAUCCUCCAUUUCAGCAUCGUCAGCGCUCAAAAGCAAACGCGUCCGAACGAUCUUCACACCGGAACAGCUAGAACGACUCGAGGCCGAGUUCGAGCGUCAACAGUACAUGGUUGGUCCCGAACGGUUAUACUUGGCACACACUCUUCAACUAACUGAGGCACAGGUUAAGGUAUGGUUCCAAAAUCGUCGGAUAAAAUGGCGCAAACAUCAUCUGGAAAUUACCCAGCAACGUUUGGCCCUGAUUCGGCAGCGACAGAUAGCAAGCGGUGUUGUUCCACCUCAAGUGGGACCCGUACCCGCUGACCGUGCGUCUCCAUUAUCCGAGGGUGCACAGCAGAUCAUCAGUGGUGGACGUAUGAUACUAGACCACGUAGGCGGAGAACCUGAAUCACCAGAGCUGACUAUCUGUACAGAUUCGUUGGAGGCCCGAAGUAUUAGUGAAAGCGAUGAAUAAACAAAAAGUAGCGGCACGCGCCUCAGUGCUGUGCAAGGAACCUAAAAAUUGUAAUUAAAUACAGGGAAUAUAGAUUUAUGUUAAAUAUUUUGAUUUGUAGACGUGAAAGUAGUCACCGACGUAGAUUUGCUUAUGAGUUGAAUACUUACGAUCGAACACGAUAAUCAAUUUUAUGUAAACAGUAGAAAA